GUAUUGUUCAUUCGUUGUCAGGUAGACAUUCUCAGCCAAACGAACGCCAGGAGCGCCAAAGACCAGCGGACGACGACCAUCACAGCCAACUGGCUCGCACGCGCACAGCCUCCCACCCCACUCCACUCCCAUCUGCACUUCCCUGCCUCGUUGCUUUUUUUUUCUCCUGCUGGUGCACCACCCCCUUGACACACCUUCCCUUGCCUUCCCUCCCUCCCUCCCUCCCCUGCCUUCCCCUUCCCUUAGCCACCUUGCCUACCCAGAGCAAAACAAGCUCUCGGCCUAAACGAACCCAUCUGGUUCCACUGGUCGACGCGCGCCGCCGCAGUUUGCCAAGCUGCUUGGGCCUCGUAUCCAACCAAGCAUUCUCCCUCCCAGCUCCCAGCACGUAGCGCAGCGCAGCGCAGCGCAGUUCUCCCUCCCCCUCCCCCCGGGUCCGUCACCUACCCAGCGCCGCAGUCAUCAUCGCGCCGCCCGCCGCCGCGACAACUGACCGACCAAAGUCGCACAAACGCAACCCGACAGCACUCCAUCGGCCCAACCAGCGCACGGUGCCUCUUCCCGCCGCUCCUUAGGCCUGACAGCUCUGGCAGAUCCAUGGCCCCUCGUACCACGCGAGCGGCUGCACCUCUUCCUGCGCCCCCUUCCCAGUUCACCCAACCUUCCCGUCAAGCGACUACUGUCACUGCUGCUGCUGCUGCUGCGACAUCGUCUAGAGCUGCUGCCGUCGCCGCUGCCUCCGCCGCCUCCGCCGCACCACCACCAUCGUCUCCCUCCUUGGAGACAUCUCGUCGUUUCUCCAUCGACAUGUUCAAGCAACGCAACCAAGGCUCAAGGAAGAGUGGAGGUUUCACUGCGCCAAAGAUUUUUGGUUCGUCUACUCAAUCGGCGCCGCUUCUCGCCGCCGCACAGACCCCCGCUGGCGCAUACAGCCGUCUAGCAGAACAAAACCGCAGCUCCGAGGCGUCACUCGCUUCGUCCUACGAUCAAACCGGCAGCGCGAGAUACGGUCCUUCAGCCGGCCAGCCUGGCAUGCCCCCCUCCUCGUUCAGCUCCGCCACCAAUGCCCGCUAUGGGCCAACGGCAAAUCUCUCUCCAGCCUCGUCUUCCGCCAGCCACGCCAACAGAUUUUCCCCCGGCGUGACAUCAGAAAACGUCGCGCUCCGUGGGCCCGCGCCCGGAAGCCACAGCUAUGAUCACGAUGAGGAGAUUGACGACAAGCUGCACACCUUUACGGCCGCCGACCGCAAGGAUCUGUCGGCGCCCUUUGUCUUCUCAUCAUGGCGUGGAUGGUCCAAUGCCCUCACCCUGUUCGUGCUGCUGGCCGGUUUCGUCAUGCUGUUCGCGGGCUAUCCCAUCAUCAACUACUACCGUGACAACGAGAACUCGAACGGUGGCAACACGGCUGGCUACAACCUGGGCGGUAUCAACGGCUCAGGCCAGUACCCAGAACUGUCAAACUUCCCUCAGAUGAUCGACCCCGAUACACCAGACAGUGCAAAGAUCUGGAACAGUCCUUUUGACAACUCUGGCUCGACGUGGAACCUGGUGUUCUCGGACGAGUUUAACAAGCCCGGACGUACUUUCUACCCUGGCGACGACCCUUUCUUCACCGCCGUCGACAUCCACUACUGGCCUACAAACGAUUUGGAAUGGUACGACCCUGGAACCGUCACCACCAGGGAUGGUCACCUCGUCAUCACUUUGACCCAGCAGCCUAUCCACAACCUCAUGUUCAAGUCGGGCAUGGUCCAGUCGUGGAACCAGCUUUGCUUCUUCAAGAAUGCCUACAUCGAGGUCAGCGCUUCGCUUCCUGGUGUCAACGACGUUUCCGGUUUCUGGCCCGGUAUCUGGACCAUGGGCAACCUUGGCCGUCCUGGCUACGGUGCCACCAACGACGGUCUGUGGCCCUACUCGUACUCGUCGUGCGAUGUUGGUAUCAUGCCCAACCAGACUUACGCCACCAACAACGGCACAGGUCCUGCGGCUGCCCUCACCACCGGUGACCAGAACAAUUACAACGGAGCUCUGUCGUACCUCCCCGGCCAGCGCUUGUCCGCCUGCCCAUGCCCUGGCGCAGACCACCCUGGUCCUCCCGGUGUCGGCCGUGGUGCUGUCGAAAUCGAUAUCAUCGAGGCUCAGAUCGACCCCACUGUUGAAAAGGGUGCCAUGUCGCAGUCGGCACAGUUCGCGCCAUUCGACGACUUCUACCAGUAUGACAACACGUCCAAGGCUGCCAAGAUUUGGGACAAGUCAGUGACCCACUUCAACUCGUACCUUGGCGGUGUAUACCAAGAGGCCGUGUCCGGUGUGUCCUAUGUCGACAACGCCGUCUACGCCAACGUCUCGGGCCAGUUCCGUUCGUUUGGUGUGGAGUGGUCUGCCGACCUCACGAACCGCCAGAAUGGCUACGUUGGUUGGAUCAACCAGGGCAAGCCCGCCUGGCAGAUGUUCCCCGCAGCUGUCGGCCCCAACCCCCGUGUCGAGAUUGGCCAGCGUCUCAUCUCGGAGGAGCCCAUGGCCCUCAUCUUCAACCUCGGCAUGUCCAACAACUUCGACUUAGUUCGUUUCAACGACAUGAUCUUCCCCAACGAGAUGCGUAUCGACUACGUCCGUGUCUACCAGAAGGAGGGCGGCAGUGUUGGUUGCGACCCUCCCGAGCGUCCUACUGCCGACUACAUCAACAGACACAUCAAUGCCUACAGCAACGCAAACCUCACAACGUGGAAGCUUGCCGGCAACGAUUACCCCAAAAACACGUUUGGUGGAUGCUGAGAGCCAUCAUCACCUAGACCUCCCCCACCCUCAUGGCGCGCGUGGUCGCUACCACCAACCAACAUCAUCCCACGCGCCCUCACCCUCCCCACGCAUCCUUGUUCCCAUUUUCUUCACGCCGCAUACUCAUCACGGAUCGUAACGAACGGACCCUGCUUCUUCGCGCCAAAACAAGUAGCUGCGGCAGCACCAAGCCGCACAGGCGCACGUAGCGCUUUUACACCAAACAACCCCCCCUUCAUAGAGUUUGAUAAAAUCGUUACCUACCUACUCGUACCUACCCCGCACACCGGCUGAGCCAACCCACACCCCCACGCCUGCCAUAAGGCGGGCUGCACUUGUUGCAUCAUGCAUUGCGAUACCUAGAACAGGAGCUGGCAGAGAGAGCAUGUA